UAUUAACGCAUGGGCCUUGCAAGAGUUACAUAUUAUGUGAAAUUAGCAUAGAAACAUAGCGUGUUAACUGUUGGUGAGCUUAGCUUCAGUUAAAACAAAACAGCACUCCUGGUAAGACAAAUGUGACACCUAAAGCCUAAAAUUGCCCCAGACCUGUGCCAAACAUUAAACCAUUUAAUUUAAAGCUAGUCAUUGCAGUGGAGCUGUUAUUACAUACAGUGUAGACCUCACAUUAUCCUACUGUUGGGGCUGUUGUUUAUGAAAGAAUCAAACUAAUUUGGGCAUUAAACUCACUCACAAACAUAUAACUAACACUGUAAUUUACCUGAGAUGAUCAUGGGUAUUACCUGAGGACAGUGAUUGGGAACACCUAUAAAGCUAGCUGUUUGUGUAGGUAAAAUGGCAACAGUGAAGACAUAUCUGACUGGCAGAGAUGGAGCAGAUUAUCCUCUUGUGCGCGGUUUCGACCUGUCUCUCAGCCGUACAGGCACAGAAAUUUUUGUUCAGCCCAAAUUGGGGCCCCAUUGGCUAUGAAGAACGUGAAGAGCAUGGUGGUACGACAGCAAUGGAUGAAAUCAUUAAAACUAAUGAGUUCCAAGCUUCCCGAAUCAUAGACGGCACUACCAGUCUCAGGGAAGGAGACAUUGCUGUUUCGUCUGGAAGACGCUCUAAAGUCUGCUUCGCUCGUAGCUGCCUCUGGUCUAAGUCAGUGGAUGGACACGUCUAUAUUGCAUAUACACUCUCGCCUGAGUACUCUGAAAUGGAGACGAAGAUGAUAAAGAAAGGGAUGGAAAACAUAGAGAAAGGUACCUGUGUGCGGUUUGUUCCUCGGACUCACCAGCGAGACUACAUCGAUAUCCAGCCAAAGUCUGGGUGUUGGUCCUACCUUGGUGCGCGUGGUGGAAGACAGACCGUGUCUCUGCAGAGCCCUGACUGCCUCCGGACUGGAGUGAUUUCCCAUGAAUUCAUGCAUGCCCUGGGCUUUGUGCACGAGCAGUCCCGCUUUGACCGGGACAAAUAUGUCACUAUCAUGUGGCCAAACAUUUGGAGGGAUCGGUUGAGGAACUUUGAGAAAUUCAAGACUGACAACCUGGACCUGCCAUACGACUAUGGCUCAAUCAUGCACUUUGGCAUGUAUGCCUACUCUCAGGAUGGUGAGCCAACCAUCAUUCCUAAGAUAGGUAACAGCAAGGACAUAAAGCUGGGCCAGGGAUCGAGUCUCAGCCACAUUGACCAGCUGAAAAUCAACAGACUUUAUAAAUGUGGCAAGGAUGAUUAGUAAACAAACAGAAUUGAGGUGAACCCAGAAUGUACUGAAAGCUCAUAUAAUAAUCUGAUGUUAAAUCAUGGAUACAGUUACAAUAAAGAUUAAUUCAAGCUUUC